UCCGGCUUAUUAUUGUUACGCGAGCGCAAGGUGCCUGGAAAAGCUGUUGAGUCAAGUUUUCGUCUAAUUAUCAAAUAAAUUGCCUAAAAUGUUGGCUUUACGCAAUACACAAAAGCUUUCUAUACGUGCCUUGCUGCCGACUGCCUGCAAAAACGUGGGACACCUGAGCUACUCCAGCUCUUCCCAGUCAAAAGACGAUGAUGGUUCUUCUUCCUCGGAUGAUGAGAAGCGAACGAAGAAGCAGCGUAAACCUGAAGAGAAAAGCACAGAAACAGCGGCACAACGCUUAAAUCGGUUAUUGGGCACCAUGCAAAUGCAGACUACGGAUCAACUGGCUGGCACGGACUUUCCUCGCCCCGGAGACGCUAAUCGCAGACGGAGAGAGGCAAUAAAACAAGAUGCUGCAGCAAAUAAUGUUAUUACAGCAGCUAAAAAUAUUGCCGGCAUGUUGGGCACGAACGAGAAUGAUAAAAAGCAAACUGAAUCCGAAUUGCUGGCAAAGCUGCUGGGACACAGUGCGGAAGGAGGAUCAGAUACAAAGCCUGGCGAUGACAAGGGCACUCCUGCAGCAGCCGGCGGUACAGAGAAGGAGCUGAACUUAAGCGAACUGAUUGUGGGCAUGAAAAUCGAUCGUCGGCAACAGCCCCAUCAGUCAGAGCCCACUCGAGGAGAGUAUGUGCGUCGCACCCUGGCAUCGCGCUCCAAGCCCAUGACCGGAGAUCUCACCUCACGUCGCCCGCAGCGACAUGUUAAACGUGAGCCGGCAACCUUCUCGGGCAGCGUCAAUUUGUAUGGCGGCGAACCUUUGGGCAUUUUCACUAAAGGCGAUGCGAAACUUCAAGAUUCGCCGGACAUACUUUCCACGUGGUCUUUGCUUAACGAGCGCGAGUUGAAACUACAUGCAGCACAUCCACCAGCAAACUACUUUGAGCAGAUGAUCCAAUGGACAAAUCAAGGAAAAGUUUGGCGUUUUCCCAUCGACAACGAGCAAGACAUGCAGGAAGAGGCAGACGUUGAUUUUUCGGAGCACAUAUUUCUAGAACAGCAUUUGGAAGGUUGGUGUCCCAACAAGGGGCCCAUACGUCACUUCAUGGAGCUCGUGUGCGUAGGUCUCUCCAAGAAUCCCUAUGUGACGGCACAAGAGAAGAAGGAUCAUAUUUUCUGGUUCCGCGAUUACUUCGAAGCCAAAAAGGACAUUCUAAAAGAUCUAAUGAGCAAGGAGAGCAGCGAUAAUGUUAAUAAGAUAACAGCUUAAUUUGGAUGGC